GCGGCAGACUUCCAGCUUGCCGCGAAAGCAGUCUUCAUGCGGGAUCGCAGAAGGGCUCGCAUUGGCGUGGACCUGCGGCGGUUGCAGACAGCAGCCGUCAAGUAUUUGAAACGGAGGCAGAGCAGAGCCGUACAGCGCUGCUUGCGGAAGAGCGCCGCCGCCCUGGCCAACGGUGGCGAUCAGACCCGAUCGGUCCACAUGGGGGUGGGACACAUGUGGGGCGAGGUGGAGGUGAAACAGCAGUGGAAGCCAUCAGAACGAUAUCGAACCCUUCGUAAGAAUAUGACAGUGCCAACAAUGAUACAACGCGGGACGGUGAACCUGACGCUCGCGGACUUACGUCGAGGACAGUGGCAGCAGUUUCAGGAAUACUACUUGUCGGAGCCGCGUGAGGUUACGGACACCAGGGCGGAGGGGCUGCUCCCUGGUGUCCGCAGCGGCCUCCCAGAUUCCGUCGACAUCAUGAACAGGACUUCGGUGUGUGAAAUUUUGCAGAUGGUCUCGUCCAUGACCUUCAUGCCCAUGUGCGACAAGGCCAGCGCGAACGUGCUGAUCUUGAAAACGCAGGGUCGGAGGGGGAAGCUCAAGAUGCGCGGCCUACGGAACCACACAAUGCGCCACUAUUCAAUAUCAUCUUUGUUCCGCUACAAGGGGCAGCUGACCAAGAACGUCGCGGGGAUCGAGCGCCUCAUCGAGGAGAAGCUCUGGAGGGAGGUUGGGCCAGCACCGCCAAUGACGGACACCUUGAAGCACGUGUUCGACAUCUUGUACACCUUGGAUGCGACGCACCACCAGCGGGAGGGGCGCAAGAACGGCGGAACGGGGCGUGGCGAGAGUAUGUUUCUUCAAGAUUUGAGGGGGCUGUACAAGCUUGCCAACGGGAGCCUGAACAGGGAGGACGGCAAGUUCGUCCACCAUUGCUGGGGCCACACAACAAACAAGCCGUGCUGCACUUCUCGGCAACAGUGCGUCGAGACAAUGAUGACAGCGGUGGUCCACGCAUUUCACGGCUCCGCGGACGCGCGGCCCGCGGAGAGCCGCUGGGCUCAUCUCCUGCACUCUUUCAAGAGGACGCUAACUCGGCGACUGCUUCACCGAAUCGGCCUCGACUGCUACGCUAGCUCGGUGCGGCCCGAGGACAUCGACUGCGAGCAGGGGCCACAAGUUGGAGUUGAUGACGAAGGUAGCGACGCUUUCUGGAAACACGUGCUCAAGGUCAGAGCGAAGAAAGUCAAAACUUACUAUGAUAGCGAAGAGAAUAUGCUUCAGCUCGUUGUGUACACCGCGAUCUUGGAGACCACGGACGCGAACCUCUUGUACCCUCUCAUGGGGGGCGCUAUACCGACGAAGCCCGACGGUGAUUGCGACGAGACCAGCAGCAUCAAUAGCAAGAUGGACAAGCUCCUCGGCGUAGGUUCCAAGAUCAGCACUUUCAGCCAGGGCAUGCUGAACCUAUUGGACAGCUGGGACACGGGGGACCCAGCGCGGGGGCACUGGCUCCUCCUCGACAUCAUGAAGGCGCCGCUCAAGGACCAGCAGUUCGCCCGCUGGGCCCGUGCCCAAAUACUUCAGAUGAACUCGGUAAUGGCUCGCCGAUACGAGGCUCGCUUCAGUGCGUGGCCGUGCAAGCUCUAUGGACUGUCGCAGCAGGAGUCGAGUGCGGCUCUGAAACAGGCGAUCGCUCAGGAAGCCCACGACGCCCCAGACUACAUGCUGGACUCGUACACUCUCGGAAUCCGUCGGUUGUUCAGCACGACAGACUCCAUGGAGUCCCUCGAGUGCCAGGUCGUGCUGGCAAGCGAUUUUAAAGCACAUUGCUACGCGACAGACAUGGUGGAGCGCCUCAACUCAGAGUGCACGCAGAAGCAUCGGGCACGAGCCCCAGGGAGGAAUUCGGCCAUCGCGUCGAGGGAGCACGUGCUCAGCCAGCUCAGCAACACCCACCAGCAGCGUGGAGGCGCGGACCCGCUCUCGGCAACCUUAGCCGACAACGUGGCGAGUGACGAGGACGCGCCCGCGCAGGCAGAUCAACUUCAGCUUGCUGUCGCACUGGACCCUCAGACUCAUUUCGAGCAGCCUGUCGUUGAGCGGAGGGCUAACCCGAGCCUGCCAUUCGGGGCACUCGUCGACGCGGACGGCGGCGACUCCGCAGAUGACCAGCUUCGGCGCGGCCUCAACCCUUAUCUAUUGGCGAAGAACGGUUACAUGCACUCCGCCAGAGAAGCGAAAGGGAGGAGCCUCACAAAGGCCGAGGUGGAGAUGCACGAGGAGGAGUUCAAACGCAUAUGGGCUUCCGCCGACCAGGAUGUCUACAGCGAGGCAUACCAGCUAUGGAGACAGCAGCAAAGCAACAAGAAGAAGAAACCAGAGACCCCCGAGUGCGCGCUUUGCUGGGGCGGAGGCUGCCAUGCCACGCCGUUCACCCCGAGUGAGCUCUGCGCCUACAUCAUAGAGUGCGGGUGGCCCACGCUUGACGAGACGCUGGACAAGGACCAUUCCUCGAGGGGCGUACCCGCCGACAAAGAGACAGACUUCGCGUCCUGCGAGGGCUUCGACUGCUGGGGCGUUUCCCGCGCGGCGCGGAACGCCGAUCGGUUUAAUUCGAGGGAGCCAGCGGCGUUCCCCAUCGUUGAGAAAUCUAUCUUCAACUACCUGCAGUGGAUCGGUGCUGGUCGGGAUACCGCAGCGGACGUCAUGCUGAUCGUCGAAGGGCCCGCUGUGAGUGGCGGCCACAAGCGUUACGUGACGUUGGUCACAGACAUCACGUUCUCGCCGCACGUCUUCGAUGUGACCGACCACAGUUUCGAGGACAUCACCAGCGCGACCUCGGAG